CACAUUACGCCCCUCACAAUGUUUAGAUUAGCUGUUCGUUCUGCUCGUGUGCAAAUGGCCAGAGCUCCUGUUGCUGCUGCUAUUGUCAGAGCCCCAGUGCGUUUCUACGCUGUUGCUCCCAUCACCAAGGAAGAAGUUACUAGUCGUGCUUUUGAAGCCUUGAAGACUGUUGCCGCCUUGCAAGAAUCCAAGCUCACUUUAGAGGCCAACUUCCAGAAGGACUUAGGAUUGGACUCUUUGGACACCGUGGAAGCCUUGGUUGCCUUGGAAGAAGAAUUCGACUUGGAGAUUCCAGACAAAAUCUCUGACGAAAUCAAGACUGUGGGAGAAGCCGUUGAUUACAUCUACGAAGAAGAACGUAAGUUGUAAUUCUGACGCAAUGAACUUUUCCAAUUACAAUUUGGCGUGAAUCGAUGCAACAGCGAUAAGUUGUACUGAAAUCGAACCCUCUAGAGCUUUUCAACAAUGUAUAUAUGACUUGCUAUACUGAAUAUACACCAGCAUAGUAUG